UUGUUAUCACCGUCGGUUUCUGGAAGUCCUUCAAGAACCAAUUUUCGUUCCCGUGCUGUUGCGAAGUUGACGGUUUAUUGUAGGGGAACUAGAUGUAAUACGCGCCAGAGGGGUAAUAUAGCCAUCGACCUUUUUUCAAGUACUUUUAAAGUAGCAUUUAUAUGAACAUUUAACUAAAUGAUAGAUCAGCAGCCCACCUAGCAGUUCUGGAUGAAAAACCAUUAAAUUUUGUUUGAAAAGUCCAUGAACAAUGCGCAUGGUUAUAUUACUCCGCUGGCGCGUUUUACUCCAUUUUCCCCUACCUGUGUAGUGAGUUUUUAUUUUUGAAAGAAACCACUCAAAAGCUGCCACCCGUCCGCUUGCUACGUUGUUCACGAAGAAGGAGAAAGGAUGAGGAGGUCGGAAAACAGUAGACCAGUCAAGAGUGGGUGGUGCUGGGCGCCGAAGAAAACAAUAAAAGAAAGCAAAUUACGAAAAAAGUGCGUUACCAAGGAUUCCGACCAGAGUAGAAGACGAGCGUUGGAAGACGGCAAUGACGGUUCCUUUUUAUGCGAAUUGGAUGACAAUAGCAAAACCGUGAUUUUUAAUUAGCGCCAGUGAGUGAUACAUGAUGAUUGCUUAGCACACGCCGGACGCUAGUAUUGGUGACCGUGUAUAAAAUAAAGCGCGAAGUGCACUUGUGCACUAUACACAGAGGAGAGCAACAUCCGAGACUGCGGAAUAGUAAAUUGAUCAAAUAAGGUCUAGUGCAUCUAAUACUAGUUCCUAGUUCCAGCGCUGCAGUGUGCAGCUGCAGCCCCGGUUGGUGAAGGGGUGUAAACGCUUGUGGUGAACGAGGGACCACCGUCGGCGGCAGCGGGUUGUUUUGCUGUGGCGACUGCAGUUCUGCAUACUGCAAUUGCAAUAUUGGGGCUGGUAUGAAUAGAUAUUGCACUCAAGCAUGUUAUACAGAAAGUGAUCCACACUAAAAAAGUGAUAUUUUUUUUUCCUCAAUGUCCUGAGCAACGUAAUCGAAGUGAAACUGGUGAAAUUUUGAAACAUACUGAAGAAUUGUGUUAGUGCAACAAAUUGCAGCGGCUUGUUGCUAACAAGCGUGAAAAAUAAUACAGGUGUAUCACGGUGAAAAGUGAGCUGAGAAAAACGGAAGAAGAAAACAAAACAAAAAGUUCUGCAAGAAGAAAGUUUGGUGACGCAACUUUGGCUUCCUGUUCAAACAAAACCGGAGAUUGACAUGCAUAAGUGUGUUUGCUGAAACUUGUGUUAGGUAUAUCUACCUAUCUACAUACCAACGGGGAUUGGAGAGCAACAGAUGCCGCCGACAACGACGACGACGACGACGACGGCGGAAUGCAAACAGUUUAUUUUAUUAUAGUAUUGAGUCGUCAAGUUGGUCAAGAAACACAAUACUAGACAUCUGGUGGAAUUCGUCUUGGCACGAUUCAAUACAAAAGCAUGACCAACAGACCCAUACUUCGCAGCUGCAAGGACCUGUGCAAACCAAACUUUUACUGUAACGUAACUUAAGCUUUGAUCUGCAACGAGGUUUCAAUCCAACUGACCAAAUUAAGUUAGUUGGUCUCUAAAAACUUACACACGCUGAAUUUAUGUUAGAGAAAAUAGUGUAUAUAAUUAGAUUUACUGCGUAAAACAAAACCGACCGAAGAAGGAAACUGAAUGUGAUAUCAAUUAGGUGUAAGGUAGCAUAACCAUAUAGUACGUGCUUCAAGAAUAUAAUUGAGGAGCUUCCCAGUGAUUGCCAACAACGAGCUUCAACCUAGUUAAUUGUUUCGUAACGUAAACAGCAAAAUUGUCAACAUAGAUCCGCUAUCCCCUUCAAUGAUGGAGGACGAUCCAGACGAUAAGGAUGACACCAAAAGAAAAUCCCGCAACCUCAGCGAGAAGAAACGCCGGGACCAGUUCAACCUGCUGGUCAACGAGCUUAGCUCGAUGGUGUCGUCCAACAGCCGCAAGAUGGAUAAGAGUACCGUGCUCAAGUCGACGAUAGCAUUUCUGAAGAGUCACAACGAAAUAGCGGUCCGCUCAAGGGUGCACGAGAUCCACACGGAUUGGAAGCCAUCGUUUCUGUCCAAUGAAGAAUUCACGCAUCUGAUUCUGGAAGCUCUGGAUGGGUUUAUAAUCGUGUUUUCGUCGACGGGACGCGUAUUCUACGCAUCGGAGAGUAUAACGUCGCUGCUUGGUCACCUACCUAGUGAUUUGCUCAACAUGACCGUGUACGACAUGGUGUACGAGGAUGAUCAAAAUGAUUUGUACAACAUCCUGCUGAAUCCGGCGGCGGUAGUAGAUCCACUGCAGACGGGUAUUUCCCGUGAGAAUCAGGUUACCUUCUCGUGCUACAUCAAAAGGGGUACGGCAGACUACCGGACCGAGGUUUCCUAUGAGAUGGUAGAGUUUUCCGGGUAUUUCAGAAGUGACGUAGAUGCAGAUUCGCUGAUGACAACGUCCAGAUUUAGUGGCUACAUGACCGAUGCCGAUACGAGGUUAAUCUUUGUGGGAACGGGACGGCUGCAGACGCCUCAAUUGAUCAGGGAAAUGUCGAUUGUGGACAGCUCGAAGAGCGAGUUCACAUCGAGGCAUAGCUUGGAGUGGAAGUUUCUAUUUCUGGAUCACCGGGCGCCUCCGAUUAUUGGGUAUCUACCGUUUGAAGUUCUCGGGACUUCCGGGUAUGAUUACUACCAUUUCGAUGACCUGGAGAAGGUCGUUGCGUGUCAUGAAGCUUUAAUGCAAAAAGGUGAGGGUACCUCGUGCUUCUAUCGGUUCUUGACCAAAGGUCAACAGUGGAUCUGGCUUCAAACUCGAUUCUACAUCACCUAUCACCAAUGGAACUCGAAACCGGAGUUCGUGGUGUGUACGCACCGGGUAGUGAGCUACGCCGAUGUGAUGAAACAAAUGCGGAAUCAAGCUGGAGGGGAGAGUAAAUUCUCGGAUGAUGCGGACAGUGUUAGUGUUGGGGUUGAGAGAAAGUUUCAACCGAGCUCGUCCCAAAGUCUACUGGCCACAUCUCCGUGGAGUUCGAAGAGCUCGAGAACGUCAAGGAUAGCACCAACACCGGGAGGAUCUCCCACAGGGGUUUCAUCGAGAGGAAGACAUCGGUACAUUUCCUACCAAGGACCUGGGUCCGAUUCAGCAACAUCGAUUUCAGCCGAGUCCCAGGGCAGUAGGCAAUCGAUGAUGACUCAUCAUAGUUCGAAAUCUCGGAUGCGCUCCAAUACUUUCAACUCCAAAUCUGCCUCCCAGGAUGGUAGUAGUCAACAUUCGACGACACAUUUCAUACUCCAACAACAGAUGCUUCCGAAUUCCCAACAACCCUCACCGGAGUCUUAUCAGCAGAUGCUUGCCACCACGCAGCACCAACUUCGACCUCCGCCGGCAGCAACGAUCAUCACCCCACCCGUCACCCAAAUUAUCAGCCCCGCUGCAUUCAUCGAACCGCAACAGUAUUUGGCAGCAAUUCCAGUACAACCGGUAGCUAGUUUUCCACCGGACACGGCAACCAGUGUGAUAUCUCCGAUACCCCCAACUUCUCCGGUUGCCUUCGCGGUUCAUUCUAAUGUCCCCUCCGCAGCAGGAAGUCUUGUGCUAACAACAGCCCAAAACCAGGUCCAAGAUCAGCUGCAACGGAAGCACGAAGAAUUACAGCAUCUAAUCAUGCAUCAGCAGGAAGAACUGAGAAGGGUACAGGAGCAACUACUGAUGGCUCGCUACGGACUUUUACCCUCCAUAGUGACUCUACCGUUCCCGAACGCUCCCAGCAGUACCAACGAUAUUAGCAGUAGGUGUAGUAGCAGUGCAUCACAUCUUCAACAUCACCAGUCACCUCACAGUAGUCAUCAGUACCAAACGCAUCCUAGUCUAGCGAAUCAACCGCAAAACUUACUUCCCUCUCACCACCACCAACAACCGCCACAACCAGAUCAGCAGAUGUCCAUACCUCCGGAUCAGAAACCGAUCUUCCAUCCCAAUCAGCAGCUCAACUUCACCGAUACCGGACAACCGAAGCUUCCGGGAGACCCUGCUGAUGAAAUGGUUUCCUAUAUGCAGCUUACACCCGUCCCGAUUCACCACCUGCAACAACAACAACAGCAGCAACAACAACAACAACAACAGCCGCAGCAACAACCGCAAUCCUCGCAGCAACUGCUAAAUCCCGAAGCAAAUCCCUCCGGUUCGAGUGGCAAUAGCAUGGAGCUGCUGCAGUACCAAAUGGCACAGGAACAAGCGCAAAUCUUGUUCACUUCCGGGAUAGAACAGCAACAGCAGCAACCACAACAGCACCAUCAUCAUUCGCAGCAGCAGCAGCAGCAGCAACAACAACAGCAACAACAGCAACAACAGCAAAUGCACCAACAUUCGCAUCAUCACCAUCAUCCUCAGCAUCACCAUCACCAGCAGCAGCAACAUCAUCAGUCACAGCACUCACAGCACUCACAGCACUCCCAGCAUCAUCAGUCGCAGAGCUCGUCGCAUGGUUCUCCUGGCGGUGGGUCUACCAGGAGUCACCCCAGGAGUGAUAUAUAGCUUUACCAGUAAUGUGCGGGAUAUUAAUGAUAUUGUGCCGUCAACUUGUUUUGGUUGAGCUUUUGAAAUUGGGCUGUAGAAGUGAGUAUUACAUGUAUCGUCUUCUAAGGAACUACGCCUCUAAAAUGUAGUGCCUAUAUGGGGUAGCUAGUACAAGCGUUUGAAAUAGUAAUCCACUUUUUCUGUGUGGUACCAAGUCUAAUUCAAACAGCCAAGACCUUUGCAACACAUUGGGUUAAAAUAGCGAGUCACGUUACCUAAUUGUUUUUCGUCACGGUUUGAACGCUCUUACGCGAGCUUUCGGCUGCUCUAGACUUAGUUCUUGAAGCAACUCGAUAAUGAUUGGGAGCUUUUUAUUAAUGAUACUGAAUUCGAGAAAAUUUCGAACCUGAAAGAGUUUCUAGUCCGGAUCGGGAAUGGAAUACGUCACCUCCGGCAUGAUAAUAUCGUGCUUUAAGUGACUAGGCUAUCUGAUACACGGUCUCCUGAGUAAUCGUCUAAAUGAAAUCAGUCAUUGGACGUCACGUCGGCCAGGAAUUGACUCUAGCGGGACAAAUUUUUUUAACUAGUUCGUUUAUUUACUAAGCUCAGUUAUGUGUGACACUUUGCGGAGCCAAAAAUCAGUAAUGCUUGAAUUUACAUUUUAAACAGCAGUAGUUCUAGGUUAGUAUUGGGUACCAAUUACUCGUGGCGGGCUCGAGGUUAAUGGGUAACAAUUUUGAUUGGAAGGAGCUAGAUAGGAAACUGGUUUCUGAAGCCUCCUUCAGAACUCUCGGACGGUUGACCAAAUCCGGGCUGGGCAGGGGCAAGUAGAACAGAAACAGAAGGAUAAUAAGACUGGGACACAAUGGCUGCAGAUUGUGUGGAAAGGAGGGGAUGGUCGCAUCAAACUCUAACAUCAGACAAACGAAGGAAUUUGUAGAUCGCUUGCAUGUAGGGAAGAUCACGG